AUGGACACCGAGAAAAAAAGUUGCGAUGAGAGUGAGUCUACACAACAGCCAGGACCCAAGCCAGAUACCGCUCCUGAUGGUGGCUAUGGAUGGGUCUGUGUUGGCUGUGUAUUUCUCAUAAAUGCCCACACUUGGGGAGUGAAUUCUUCCUAUGGCAUAUUUCUAGCCCACUAUUUAGCAAGUAACACGUUCCCUGGUGCAACUUCACUUGAGUAUGCUUUCGUAGGAGGCCUCUCAAUAUCACUGGCAUUGCUUAUGUCUCCCGUGGCGACAAUUUGCACUCGGAGAUACGGAACACAGGUGACUUUGGCUAUUGGCAUUGCUUUCGAGACUGCAGGGCUAUUGGGAGCGUCAUGGGCCAACAAGAUAUGGCAUCUUUUUCUUUCCCAGGGCGUGGCUUUCGGUUUCGGAAUGGGCUUCUUAUUCGUAGCAAGUGUUGGUGUAGUACCACAGUGGUUCGACCGACGACGAUCCUUCGCGAACAGUAUAGCGACUGCUGGGUCUGGAAUUGGAGGUUUGAUUUACUCUCUGGGUACAAAUGCCAUGAUCCAGUCAAUCGGUUUGGGUUGGGCUUUCCGAGUGCUAGCAAUAGUCGCUUUUACUGUCAACACAAUCUGCACACUCUUGCUCAGGGAUCGAAACAAGGCUAUCGGCGCUGUACAGCUAGCUUUCGAUGCACAACUCUUCAGGCGAACAGAAUUUCUUCUGUUGCUGGGCUGGGGAACCUUUAGCAUGCUUGGCUACAUCGUUCUCCUAUUCUCUCUUCCCAAUUACGCCAGGAGCGUUGGGCUUUCGGCGUAUGAAGCCUCUGUCAUAGGCGCUAUGCUGAAUCUUGGGCAAGGCCUCGGAAGACCAUUCAUCGGAUUCUUUAGCGAUGCCUUUGGUCGUCUCAAUAUGGCUAGUAGUUGCACAUUUCUUGCUGGCUUGUUCUGCCUCGUGAUCUGGAUAUUCGCUAAGAGCUAUGGGGUUCUCAUAUUCUUUGGCCUCAUCACUGGUGGUGUGGCAGGGACAUUCUGGGCCACUGUCGGACCCGUUGGGGCUGAAGUGAUUGGACUUCGAGUCCUUCCUUCUGCCCUUUCCAUCGUAUGGAUUGUCCUCGCAAUACCCUGUACAUUCUCCGAACCUAUUGGCCUUGAGCUGAGGAGGACUACUGGGGAUAUCUACCUCCACGCUCAAAUCUUUACAGGAUUCAUGUAUGUUGCAGCGGCGAUUUGCAUGGGUCUACUCAGGGCCUGGAAGGUGCGCGAACUUCAGUCUAUGGCUUUGAGCAAGGAACAGCGAGAGCAAGAGAUUCUCGAUGAUGACGCUGUUGCCCGUCCUCGAGUACCAGCACAUGCAACAGAAACUGUAGUCAAGCGCAAGGCCAAAGUUUCUAUAUGGUCCUGGCAACGUGUUUGA